UGACGUUUUAGUAGUAUCAUUUUCAAAUUGUCAGUAUACUUGAAUAAAAAGCGACGCUCUACUUCACAUAAGUCUUUGAUACUAUGUCCCUAGUGGUCAGCAAAUUAUCCGAUGUUAUUUUUAAGCCUUACUUAAACUAUUAUUACAACAAACCAUCGAUUGUAAUGUGCAAUACGUUGAAACAAGAUUCAAAAUCAAAAAAUUUUAACGAAGAUCUUGUUCCAAAAAACUUGGAGGACGACGAAGGCGUAAUUGAUUCUAACGUUAAAAUUUCAGUACCAGAAACCAUUUCUAUAGAAUUGUUGAGGACAGAGUUCGAUCAACUUCGACACCGAGUGGCCAGAAUAUCUAAACCAGCAAAGAAUUGCAUGCAGAGUGGUACAAAUAAUACGCACGUUUGGCAACUUCGUUUCGAUACAAAAGAAAGAUGGGAAAACCCUUGUAUAGGAUAUUGUUCAUCGGGAGAUCCCAUUUCAAACGUAGUAUUAAAAUUUUCAACAAAAGAGGAAGCUAUCAAGUUUUGCGAAAAAAAUAAAUGGAAUUUCUUCAGUCAAGACAGCUCGCCCAAAAAAUUUAUAAAAAAAUCUUAUGCUGAUAAUUUUGUUUAUAAUAAACGACACAGAGUUAGCACAAAAUAAUCAAA